AUGAACCUGUACUUUAAAAAUACCAAGAUUCGAUGUCCUUUUAAAACGCAAGUAGAAAAAAAGGAAGGAAGCACGGCGGUCUCUGAGACCCGCAAGAAGAAUAAAACAAUUAAGGAAGUUUAUUUCCAAGGAGGACAAGGUCCUUAUGUUUUUACGGAGAAUUCAAUUAUUUGGUCUUUCAAGUCGACAGAUAUAUCUUUCGAGUUACAUACCUUUAGAAACAAAUGCUUAAAUGCUGCUGUCGAUAAAAAUUUCUCUUUUGUUGAAGAAAUCGCUCUUAAUGGGGUUUUCUAUAUUGACAAAGCUGCUAAUCAGAAUUUCUGUGGAAUUGACGAAGGUAUUUGCUCGGAGUUAUCGUUUAAAAAGAAUCCCCAAAAUUCCAUCGCUGAAGCUUCUGUUUGGUUCUCACAAUGCAAAGAACAAACUAAUGGCUAUUAUGUUGCAAAAGCCUUGAUUGAUAUUUUAAAAGAACCAUUAUUUCAAAGUCUUUUUGUUGAACCUCUUUUGAUACCCUUUGUUAAAAAAAGAUCUUUGGCUGCUGGUGUUCCUUUGGCUGGCAAUCCUUUGACUACUGGUAAUCCUUUGAAUGCUUGGCCUUUGUCUGCUAAACCUGUGUCUACCGAGCGUUCUUCCUCUAUCCAAUCAGUGCUUUUGAGGCACUCAAAUUGA